AAAAGAUUCUUUGACAGUUGAGGGUGUAUUUGCUCAUAUUUUUUCCCCCUUAAUAAUUUUUACAUUAGCCCUUGCUAAGACCGUAACGAGGGUUCUGGCCGGAGCACCGUGUUGUUUGUACGCACCGGCGAAGGAGCAUGGAAAAGGAAGAGACGGAGAGGAUCGGCUCCGCCGCCGGAGGCGAUGAAGACGCUCCCGCAUCCGCCAUUGACAGACAGCAGGUGGAUGCUGCUGUUCUUCAUUACCAGAAUCAAAGGCUUGUCCAGCAGUUGGAGGCACAAAAGGCUGAAAUGCACACACUAGAAGGAAAGUUUAAAGAGUUGAGGGAGAAACAAAGUUCUUACAACAAAUCUUUGAUGGCACUACACAAGAUGUGGAAUCAGCUAGUUGAGGAUUUAAUUCUUCUUUGUAUUCGAGCUGGUGGUGACCUCCAUUCCAUGCAAAUGCUGGACUAUGAAGAUCACUCCAAAGAUGCCCUUGAAUCAUGUUCUCCAGAGGAGGUUUUUCUUUUCAGGCUUACGAGAUUAAACCCUACAGAAAAAAAAGUUGAGAACUUAUUUGCUAAUGUUGUUCAAGAAGCACUUGCUUCACGCCGUUCAGCCACUAUCAAUCUGAUGAAAUAUGUUUUGGAUAUGAUUACUUCACGGCGAGCCAAGAAUGAAUGCUUAGUUUUUGCUUUACAAGGGAAUUUAUCCUCGGAAGAUGCUGUUUCUCAACUUCAGAAGUUUGAUGAAUCCUUGCGAGAGGUUGUUAAUAACAUGCACCAAGCUGCUGAUGUUCUCUCUCAGAAACACAAACAGAUUACAGAAGAAAUAAACAUUUGCAAAAUCAACUUUUCAACUACAGAAUCUGAGAUUAAACACAUUUCAGGUGAAUUGGAGGAGAGCAUGGCGGAGCUUGAGGAAACUCGACGCAAGUUGGCAAUUAUGCAAAUGCAUAUGCAUGGAGCAUCUACAGCACAUGCUUUAAUUGCAAAUGGAAGUAGUUCGCCAGAUAAAUGUGUAGAUAGAACCAUGGGAUUGAAGGAUUUGAAAGAGUCAAUCGAGGAGGCUAAGACAUUGGCUGCUAGCCGUCUUUUGGAACUUCAGGAAGCUCAGGAAGAUUUCUUGAUUGUUUCAAAGCAAUUGGAAGAUCUUCAAAGCCAAUUGAAGGAUGAGAAUUAUGUUAUCUCAUCAAAACAGUACUCUCUGAUAAAUGAUCAACUUCAGCAUCUGAAUGCAGAACUUGCUCGGUACAAGAGUCUGAUUGAAUCCUUUCAGGCUGAUAGGACCAACUACUUGCUAAGAGAGAAUGAAUUAAAUGUUAAAGCAGAUUCAGCUGAUUCUAUUAAGGUUUCUAUUAGAAAUCAUGAGGCAAAAAUUGCAGAAUUCGAGAUUCAGAUUCAGAAUUUUACUGCCGAGAAAAAUAAUCUUGAAAGUAAACUUGAAGAAGCUGAGCAGGAUUUAGGUAGGAAAGAUAUCAAGGAUGAAAUUCAUGUCAUGGCUUCCGCUUUGACUAAGGAAAUGGAAAUGAUGGAAAGCCAGUUAAAUAGGUCAAAAGAAGCAGCUUCUGAAGCACUUGCAUUGCGUGAAGAAGCUGAGUCAUUGAGGUCCCUGCUCAAUAGGAAGGUACUUGAACACAAAACUCUGUCCGAUGAAUAUGCAAAAGAAAUGGUUGAGAGAAAACCGCUUAAAGAACUGGUUGAGAAUUUGGAAAAAGAAAAACAGGAGUUGCAAAUCAUUUUAGAUAUGCAUGGAAAAGAAUAUCAUGACACUCGGACAAUAUCCGAAAUCAAGGAAUCAGAACAAAGAGCUCGUGUUCAAGCUGAUCUCUUAAAAGCUACCUUAGCUGAGAACAGUCUUGAGUUACGAGUGAAAGCAGCAAAUGAUGCUGAGGCAACUUACAAUCAAAGACAUUCUGUUGCAGAAGCUGAAAUACCAGAACUAAGGGCCAGAUUAGAUGCUGCUAAGAGAGACGUCUUAGAGCUUCAAGAGACCAUAAGAAUAAAAGAAGCUGAAGGCGAGGCCUAUAUUUCGGAAAUAGAGACAAUUGGCCAAGCAUAUGAAGACAUGCAAACACAGAACCAGCAUUUGCUUCAACUAGUGGCUGAUAGAGAUGCCUACAAUAUCAAGCUAGUUUCAGAUAGUGUGAAGAUGAAGCAAACCCAUAGUUCACUUCUUUCUGAAAAGCAAACUAUAUCAAAGCAACUGCAACAAGUGAACAGCUCGUUAGAGUUCUUGAAGACAAAAGUAACUAAUGGUGAAGAGCAGAUGAAAGCACACGUCACACAAGCUGUUAAAGCUUCCACAGAAAGUAGGCAUAUUAAUAUAAAUAUGGAAAAAAAUAAGUUGGAGUUGAUUGAUGCUGAGAAAGAGCUGAAGUGGCUUCGAACUACAGUUAGUUCCGUUGAGAAAGAAUACGAACGGAACCAAAAAAAGAUUACUGAUUUGAGAAUUGAAUUAGAGAAGGAAAGAAAAGAGAGGAAAAAGCUAGAGGAAGAACUCACUGAGGUGAAAGCUGAAGUCUUGGAAAUGAGUUCUGAAAGCGAGGAAGUCACGAUCCAAAAGCUCCAGGAUGAGAUCAAGGAGUGCAAGGCAAUUCUCAAAUGCGGUGUAUGUUUCGACAGACCAAAGGAGGUUGUGAUCACCAAAUGCUUUCAUCUAUUUUGCUAUCCAUGCAUCCAGAGGAACCUGGAAAUUCGUCAUCGCAAAUGCCCUGGGUGUGGCACCGCAUUUGGACAGAAUGAUGUUCGCGAGGUGAAGAUAUGAAUCUCUCAAGAGGCACCUCGACAGGUUUUGGUUAUUCUUGUUCCGUGGGUUCAUCGCUACACUGUCCGUAGAUGAAUAACCCUGUGCCACUCGUAGAAGCUGGUAAGAAACUAAAAAGAGAAUUGAUUCUGAAUCAAAAUGGGCAUGAAUUAUGUUGUCACUCAACCAUGGCACAGUUCUUUUUAUUGUAUACUGGACGUUGAAUACACAUAGAUGGAGUUUGAUAGGGUUCGUAUUA